CUACAACUGGAAAUUCUACAAUGGCGUCUACUCCAAAUCUUGAUGUGAUCGAAAUCCAAAGGUUAGCUCAGCUAUAAUCACGGUUAUAUUCGCGAAACGUGACAUUCGGGAAAAUGAUAGCUUCCCGUGUGUUGUGGUGGCUGAAGUUAUGAAGUUCUGUUAUCUGUCCGUGGCUGUCAGAUUACGUACUUUAGGUUAUACGACGUACUAGCUGAACAUAUUUUAAAUUGCGAUUGUCGCUGCAUAAUGCUAUUCUCAAGAGACUAUGUAUUAAUUAAAUGAAAAUGUUUGGUCAAUUAGAACUAGAUAGGCUAAUUGGCUGUUUUAUUAUUGCGUUCAUCUUAACCUGUACUACCCUUGCUAACGAUGUGAAAAUCGAACAAUUGACCUUUUGCGGAGAGGCAUCAUCCGAUAAGCCAUCCAGCAGUCUCGUGUUCAUUAGUACAUUGGAUGGCAAAAUAUCAGCAUUGGAUGCUGCUGGUAAUGGAGAAGCGAAAUGGACCUUGGAAAUAGGCGACAGUCCAAUGAUAUCAUCUAACAUUCAUCGACGAGAAUUGAACAACAACGGCCAAUGGGUGAGACUGAUUCCUUCGCUAAAUGGUGGGCUCUACAAAUUUGAUGGGGAAAAUAUCGAAGCGAUACCUCUUAAUUCUGACAAUCUCCUUCAGUCAUCCUUUCGAUACACCGAUGAUUUAGUAUUCUCGGGAGGAAAGGAAACUAAAUCUUAUGGUAUAUCGACAUCCACUGGAAAAAUAUUAUAUGAAUGCAAUAUCAGUGGCUGCACUAAUAAAACAGAUGAAACUGACCGAAUGGAUGAAGAAGUUCUGAUUGUUCAACGAUUUCAGAAGACUGUUAGAGCUAUUGAACCACGCAGAGGUCACGAAAGAUGGAACUUCAGCGUGGCGCAACACGUUCUAUCGAUAGUUCCACAUGAUAAUAUAGAUUGUCAUGACAAUCCCCGUCUACCUGUGAAAAUGGAUCUUCAAUUCGAUUUGAAAGUUAUUGUGCCAGAAGGGCGCAUUAUGGCUACUGACAAACAUGCACCUGAUGUGAUACUGUGGCAACAUAAGUUCAAUUCGCCAAUCGUGAGCAUAUGGCAGGCGGACCACUCUGCGAAUCCUGAGAGUCGUGAGGUCUUGAAACAAGUAGAUCUAUUUAGUAGUACCCAAUGGCUUUGGGGUAGCGAAUCUUCACUGAGCCCUAGUAUUUACUUGGGCAUGCAUGACAAGCAACUUUACAUUCAGGAAAGUCAAUCACUUAAUAAAAUGCUAGAGACGUUGCAAGAAAGUGUUGUUCAAACGCCGAAAUUUCCAUGGCAACCCUAUCCUGCUAUAAGCAAUGCAGUAGCUACUGUCAAGUCAGCAAAGGAAUAUCAGCAGAUUACAGAAUUAACGGCUGAGUCACAGACUACAGCUAUUUCCGUUUUGUAUGGUUCGGAGUAUGUCAAUGGGAAUGGAUUCUACCUGUAUACAGAUACUGACUUACAUGCAAAAGAUUCUAAACAAUGUAAUACUAGUAGUCCUCAGUUAGAUGAGUCGUAUGAUAAAAUUGAGGAGCCAUCCCUUACAGAUUACUUAACGGAGGCAGAUGAUACCCCUGUACGAGUGAUCAUAGUAUCAUUAUGGUACUGGUGGAAAGAGGUGGUGAUAAUAUCGAUCACGACUGCAGUAAUCUUGAAUUUCAUGCUAACUCAACGGCUUUUGAAUGCUACAACCGCCACAAGGGAGGCUAUAGCACCGCCAUUAAUUGUAGAACGGCACAUUGAAACUAAAGAGGAUGACACGAGACUACAAGGGGAUGGUACCACAGAAUUUAAAUCACGUUAUUUGACUGACUUUGAACCAAUUGAUUGUCUUGGAAAGGGUGGAUACGGAGUUGUCUUUGAAGCGAAAAAUAAAAUAGAUGAUUGUAAUUAUGCUAUCAAAAGAAUCGCUCUACAAAACAGCCGAGACUCGCGUGAACGAGUGAUGCGAGAAGUGAAGGCAUUGGCAAUGUUGGACCACCACAAUAUUGUGCGUUACUUCAAUGCUUGGCUAGAAUGUCCUCCAAUGGGAUGGCAGGAGAAACAUGAUCAAUGUUGGAUAGACAAGCAGAAGUUUCCACAUUCUGAAUUUUCUUGUGGAUUGUCCCAUGCGACUUCUAAGCCUAGUGAUUCAGUUUGCAUCGACGUACCUCACAGUAAUCCGUCAUCUAUUGACAGUGCAUUUGAAGCGUAUAAACUAGAUGACCACGGAGAUAAUAGUGAUUCUUUCAUUGUAUUUGAGAGAUCGAAUUCCGGUGGAUUUGAAGAAAGUGAGAAUAUUAUCGAUCUUACUAAUUGUGAUAUGUCUUCUGAGAGUACAAGGUCGAAAAAAGAUACUAAAGUCGAUUUCACCAGUCAUACGGAUACUACUAAUACAGAUUUGAUCAUUGGAGAUCAUGAAGAUGAAUCUAGUAAUGUUAACGUGCUUGAUAAAAGUAACAAAAAGCGUUCAUCAUUGGCGAAUUCUGAUAGUAAAUCAAGAACCGCCAAACGGAAAACAAUCAAACUGUUUCUUUACAUACAAAUGCAAUUGUGCCAAAGACUGAGCUUGAGAGAAUGGCUGAAACAAGAAGUAACGCCUAGAGAUACACGGCGCAUUUUAAAAAUUUUUCAGCAGAUUGUCGAUGCUGUUGAAUACGUCCACCUUCAAGGCCUUAUCCAUCGGGAUUUAAAGCCUUCAAAUAUAUUUUUUGCAUUUGACGACAAAAUAAAAAUUGGAGACUUUGGGCUAGUAACAGCGAUGACCUGUAAUGAAGUGUGUAAUGUUGAAGCAGGGUCAGAUAUGAAUAAUAUAUCAAGCAGUCUACACACUGCACGGGUCGGAACUCAUUUGUACAUGUCUCCUGAGCAGAUGAGUGGCCAAGUGUAUGAUUACAAAGUAGAUAUUUAUUCAUUGGGAAUUAUUUUCUACGAACUCUUGGUUCCUUUCUCAACAGAAAUGGAGAGAACAAUUGCUCUAAGAGACUUGAGGAAAAUGAUUUUCCCACCAGAUUUUUCUAAAAAACAUCCUGCGGAGUAUAACUUACUGACAAUGAUGCUGGAUGAAAAUCCGAAAAAACGACCAACAACAUUGGGUAUCAAGGCACGAGCGCCAUUGGCAAACUUAGAAAUGGUCAAUAGUCUUGAUUUAGAUAAAGAACGUUGGCACUUCGAUUUACCCCAAAUAAGCAGACAUUCCUCAGUUACAAGUAGUUCCAGUGGAGAUUCUUGGGAGAAUAUUAAUUGACCUCUGGAAGAUCAUAUAGAUAGACUUGUGACACUAAACAAUGUUGGGUGAGUUGACCAAAAUUUACAUAUUUGCCAGACGUGAAUUUUAUUUAUUUAAUUUUCUUUCUUUCUAUCAAACUCUUCUUUUUAAGUAUGUGAUCAUAUGCAGUAUGUUAACGUCAAGAUGAUGUUACUUAUACACUCUAUGUAUGUUGAAAAUACAAUACUGAAAUUUUAUAAUUUAAGUUUUCACACAUUGAUGUCCUCAUUAGCAAAAUUCCGUUGCAAAACUCGUGUCUUGAAACCUCGAAUUAUUAUGACCCAGUUUCUUAUCAAUCGUUCGAUAUGGGAGAAAUAACUUCAUUUUAUUGGUAGGUACAAGUACUUGAGGAGCACCAUUGUCUAUGCGUAUAUAUUUUUUCUUAAUGAAGCUGUGCUAGCGUAUUUCAAGUUUCAGUCAAUUUUUUUUCUGUUUUCAUUUAUAUUUCUAUUCAUUUUAUUGUUAGUUUGCUUUCAGUGAGUCUACUGUUUUACCUAAUUCAUCUAAAUUUUCCUAAAAAAUAGGUGGAAUUAAUUUUGAACAUAUAGUUGAAUUCAUGCUAACUUGAUAACGUGUACGUAUAUGGAGGUAACCCGUUAUUAUAUUUUCGGAUUGUGACCGUAAUCAGUUUGGUUGCAUGUUGCAGUUCCAAGCGUUAAUCUAUAUAUCUAUCACCGGCAACAUACCUCCUUCAAUAUUAGUUCAUUAGCAAGUAUAAAUCAUGGGAUCACAGAAAAUUGAUCUCAAAAUUGGUGUAUGAUACAUAUUUUUUCUAUUGCAUUCCAUGUAAUGCAUUCGUUCAGAGCAAUUAGAACAAGAACGCAUGUGAGGUAUUGCCUGUCAUUUUAUAUAUGAAACAAUGAAUAAAGGAUCGUUGAAACUUA